AUGGCAGACCCGCAUGAGAAGUACGACAAAUCUGGUUCAUCAGUUGCAUCACUUUCGGACGACAGCGACGACACAAGGACCCAUCCACAAGCACAGAAGCAUGACCGGCGAGGACUUUCGGGCUGGUUGCUCUCAUGGACAGCCACGUUUCUCUUCGUCUCAUACCUGGUCUUCUCUGUCUCGCUGUAUACUCUGUUUGACGAUAAAGCUCGUUUGAUCUUCUGGUUCCUUUAUCUUACCAUCGCCACACUCACGGCUGGCAUCACAGCAUUGGAAGCGUACGACGGCCUGACAACGUUGCGCGAUGCACGUAAAUCCUUCGCCAAGCUGGAGUCUGAUACCUCGAAGCCCGAGCAGGACGAUGCUUCGUUACCGACCGUGCACAUCAUUUUCGACAUCGACUAUGAGCAGGAGAGCUGCGAUUAUGAGUAUCUCUCAAGCAUUUCCGCGCAAGUCAACUAUCCCGUGGAGAAAUUGAAGAUCACUGUACUUCAAUCUGCGAGAGAUCACGAAGCUGGACUUUCUGCUGGCUACUUUGACGAGCAAUCGCCCAAUCUGCGGUUCUUGAGACUACCCGCAACCGCAAUCGACUCAUUAUCCUCUCGCCUGCUAUAUUGCCUGAGCCUGGAGUCACACGUGGCACACUCGACCAUUACAGCUGUGUUUGGCAACCUGGAUCGCCUCCAUCCAAAUGCCAUCCGCUCUGCAGUCUCGAGAUUCGUCCAGAAUGGGAAGGUGAGCGUUGUGCAGGGGCGAAGUAUCAUGGUUCCACAGUCCUCAUCCGCGAGUCUCGUCGCUCUCGAGCAGGAUAUGACCGAGGGACUGUUGAAGCCAGGUCAAGGAGUCAGCUGGAGCCAGACUAUGCCUCGAGAGACGAAUACCUUCUGGCUAACGGAGACUCUUCGAGCGGCAUCAAGCUCCACGGCAUUGGUGUCGUGUGAUGGCAUGGAUCUCGCACACGUCGCCAUCAACAAGGGUGAUAUGGUACUGUACGAUGGGAGCGUAAUAUCGUACCGGCCAUGUCCACCAACAAGCAGAUCAUACCUUCGCCGGAAGAGAAACAGGGGCCAGAGCGAGGGAGGAGCCAGCAAGUGGUCGAUCAAGAAGCGUCUGCACAUCCUGUAUACCCUGCCAGGAACGAGGAUAGUGUACCACGCAAUACUUCAGUACUUCUGCUUAGUAUUCGCAAUGCUGAUUACGACAACACCACACUCGGCUGCGGACCUAGCGGAUCUAAUCUACUUUCGUGAUCCUGUCUGCCACUGGUUCAUCAUUCUUGGCCUCAUCUGCAUGUUCGCCACUUCUGCUAUGGCGUUCUCGGCUAGGUCGGAUUUUGUUGUACCUUGGUGGACAGCGCCAGUGGCGCUCGUGCUGUACCCAGUUCAGGUUGCUCUUGCUGCAGUGUACUUUAACGAAACUGGAAGCAUUCCCCAGGAUGUGUUCUCCGUGGACACCUUCGAACAUACCUCCGAGAAGGGCUGGAACAUCUACUACAGGGAAGGCGCAACGGCAGAGAACUUGGAGUUCGUUGAGAGUGAGGGCGACUGGUCUUUCGAAGGCCCAUCAUGGCUGAACAUGAACGUCUCGGCCGCCACGCCACAACAUCUGGUGAACGGUGCUCAACUGCAGACGGUACGGCAGGACAUUCAGUAUGGUACAUUUCGUACGCUCGCAAGGGGCCCGGAUGCCUGGGCAGGAGGGAGUGUCUUCACGAUGAAGCUGGAGUACAACGAGACAAGCUCCGCUGAGCUAGGUCUGUUGAACCAAGAUAUCUCCGACCCUGAUGCUUCCAUGUCUACCUCUGUUGGCGACCAGUUGUCGCUACCGUUCUCGACCCUCAACUACACGAUGCUUAAUUCAAGCUAUGGUGUUUGGGCUUGGAACUUCCAGGAGUGGCGAAUCGACUGGAACUCUGACGUGAUCAAUUGGCUGGUGAAUGCCCAGUCUUCGUACCCACUCUUGAAUACUACGUUGACCUCUGAUGCUUCACUCGUGGAUGUGCCAACAGCCUUAUACCUUAAGCAUUGGUCGAAUGGCAACUCAACCUACAUGCAGGGCCCUCCUCAGAACACGUCUGCAGCGUCCAUUGGCUGGGUACGAAUGUUCUUCAACUCCUCAUAUGGUCCGCCAACACAAUUCACAUCGGCAGCGUGCGACUCCACGCAGUUCUGCUCUGUUGAUGACAUGACUUUGCGAGUCACCACGCCAUACUCCCAGCAAGCGACUGUGAGGUGGUCGGAAGACACGCCGCAUGGCCGAAAACAUGCCACAACAGCAGGCAUUGCGAUAUGUGGUAUUGCGCUGGCGUUCAGCGCUGCCCUCGUUCUGCAUGCUCUAUCUCAGAAGUGGAGGAGUAAUAAACAUGCCGAACGAGCAGGGGGAUCUGCAGCACUACCGAAAGCGAAAUUGGCUGAUGGGAGCACGGGUUCCAACGAUAAGACGCCUCAAGCAUGGACCACACAGCGAGACUACGAAAUGUCUGAUAUGAAGUCUGUCAAUCACGACAGAUUCAGCUCGGCAACAUUAUCAGAUCCCAAGGCGCAGCCAGCAUUCCUGGUACAGCACGACAGAUCUUCGUCGCGAAAGCCACUGCUACCUUAUGAGGACUCGACUGCGGCAAAUUCUACUACAGCCAUCACGCCAGGAAAUUCACGAAGCCAGCGCCAGUCGACAUACAGCCAGAGUGACUCCAAUCGCAAUGACCUUAACAUUCUACCGGCACCACCGCGUCGCGCAGAGACCUUCAACUCCGAGAGGACUCUUGUUUCUCCACUAUCACCCGAGACACAGAAUGCAUGGGCAUGGCCAGCCACAGCAGUCGACAGACCCGAAGCUUCUACCACAGAUAUUCCAGCACAACUGAACAAAAAUGAUGUCAAAGCAACAGCUGCAAUCGUGCCUGAAGGAUCGGUUGCAGCAGCCAACCCAGGAGCGAAACUUGCACCCGUACCUGUUGGCUUACCGCAAGCCCGAACUCGAGUCGACUACCUCGCUGGCCUGGUCGCCGUCUGCUCCAUUCUCGUGUCGCUCGAACAUUGGGUCUUGACGUACACGCCGAGCGUAGUGAUGGAGUACCUCGAUUCUCAUUACGCGAGCGAAUACUGGGCCCGACGGACCAUCGAACCUUUCUUCUUCAACGACAUCUGGGUCGGUCUCUUCUUCACAACAUCCACUCGCUUCCUCUGCUCCGGCUACCUUCGAACAGGCAACCUCCGCACCAUAGCUGAGAAGAUCGUCUGUCGUGUCCCUCGACUCAUGAUACCCAUCACGGCAGUCAUAGUCCUCCAAUACUUCCUCAUGGAUCUAGGAGCGACCAAGUACCUCGAGUACAUCCCCUCCAUCACCUGGUCCACUUGGCCCCAGACAGUGGUCUACCCCAACUUCGGCUGGUUCAUGAACGAAACUCUGCAACUCUUCUACCUCAUCCCGAACGCAGCGCCGAACAUCACUGGCCACUACGGAACGGGCGUCCUUUGGACCAUCCCCGUCCAACUCCAGAAUAGUUGGCUCGUCUUGCUAGGCGUCGUCAUCGUGCGCGAGAUCAAAACACCCUGGAAACGCUUCGGCUACUAUGCUUUCUGCAUCGCCAACCACUGGUACGCCAUGUCCUGGGGCUCCUACUUCUGGUUCGGCCUCAUGCUCGCCGACCUCGACAUCACAUACAAGUACCGCAAAUACAUCCACGCACGCUCCUGGCUCCACUACCCUCUCCUCAACCUUGCUAUCUUCCUCGUCUUGCUUAGUCUGGCGAACGAUCUCUUCUCUAUCUGGACCGGGUGGACUUUCUCGACUAAUGAAAGAGGUAUCCAUCCCGAGCCUCUCACCGGCCUGCCAAUCGGUCAGACGGCGCUAGCAGGAUAUCCGGAUUACACCGAACCGAAAUUGCACGGUCUUGUCUUCGCCGUCUGCCUGCAAUACGUCGUCGAACUCUCCACCUGGACCCAAGCAGUCCUCAGCACGAAAGCCUUCCUUUGGCUCUUCCCGCACGUCUUCACUAUCUACCUCAUCCACGGCCUCGUGCACUGGUCCAUCGGCAGUCUGGUGUGCGUGUACUUCGCCUCUGUGCAUCUGCCAUACUGGCUCAAUAUGCUCCUCACGUGUAUUAUCUGCUACGUUACCUUGUUCGCGGUCCUGCCGAUUAUUACGCCGGUUAUGGAAAUGCUUGGGAAGGAGGUCACGAGGAGUAUCUGGGUUGCUGCUAGUGAGGAGCCGCCGAAGGAUGUGGGGAUGUGUUGGCCUCUUUCCAUCGACGAGGUCAGGGACAUGGUGUACAGAAGGGACGACGAGGGCGGCGGGAAUGGUAGUGCUGGGAAAAGAAAAGUUAUGGAGAGGACAGGCGCCGGUCUUGAGCUCAGGAACGAGCCACGACUUGCUGCGUGA